AUGUCCAAGUUCCAAAGGUACGUAGGAAUCGAUACGGCAGCUCAACGACGGAGUAAUCACAUCAAGUAUGAGGAGAAACGAUCACAACUUGACCGCAAACUGGAUGCCCAAAAACCCCCACCUCCAGUGCAAGAAGACGCUGUACCACUUUGGCCUGGUGAGCUAAUGAAGCAUAUCAAAAAUGGGAAGCAUAAGGAGCCCUCAGUUUCGCGUACUGAUCCCGGACCACAAUCAAUGUCUGCGAUUCCUCAGAAGGCAGUGAUAAUAAGCAGUCCUGAUAUAGUUGGAAAGGAAGAACAGCCGCUUAAACCAGCAUCGCCAGAAGCAAGUAAGCAACCGGCUGAGUCGCCAACUCCCUUGUACUCUUUCCGAGCCCCGGUUGCGACUAAAAAGAAACCAUCGUCACUCGGAAUGCGAUCACGCCCGUCCUCACCCCAAUCAUUUUCUUCGAGAACUUCUGGUGGGACUGAAAAGGAGAAAUCGUCAAGAACCCCGAAACAAAGAAAAAUUGAUCAAAAAGUGCGACACUCUGAACGUGGGAAGGAUGAUGGCGACGAGAUAUUGCUUGUUACAAGCACCACUGUACUGAAGCAUUGA